UUUCAAUCAGUUAACUCAAUCUGGUCCUAGGCUUCAACCUUGAAGUCAAAAGUGACAAUGGCAUCUGGCGAUAUCAAGUUCGUGCAUUCCGAUCUUGUUGAUCGGGAGGAAGUUGCUCGUGUUUGUGCAACUACUCUCCCUGUCCGUAUCAGCAAGUAUAAAGAUGUGGCUGAGAAGGCACUUAUUGUAUUCCAUCGGCAAUGGGAGGCGGAAGUGGGAUUCGCCUUCCAUGGAGGAAGCUCGCCGAAGGGGCAUGUGUCUGCCUUCUUUCCCCCUGAGAUUAAACCGGAUCGAGUAGAAGCUUUUACCUGGCUGCUCGAAUACUUUUGUGCUCAUGAUGAUGUGGUCACAACCAGUGGUACUUCGCAGACACACCCCAAAGAUGCACCAGACUCAGUUGGAUGGGAGGUGCGAAAGAGUGAAGCGAGCGGUCUUCAAGUUAGCGCAAUAAAGCAGAUCCAAUCGCAGGUGUUUCUGCGUCUUCUCAAAGUUGACAGAAACCGAGGCAACUUGGUACUCAAGGCCAUUAACAACUUAUCCAAGAUUCAUGAGACACUCGGUGCGACAGAUUUCAAGUCAUGGGAAGAUUUGCUGCAGUACCGUGUCUAUGAUUUUGGGACGGAGUUCAGUCUGAUGUCGAUCGUUUACUGCUGCGAGCUGGACUUGACUGCUGCAGAUAUUGAAGACUUGAAAUCAGUGUGGUGGCCUGCCACUGCUGCUGCUGCGCUAGUCAACGACUUGUAUAGCUUCAACAAGGAGGUGUCCUUAGAGCUGCCCACAAAUUCCACAAUGUCAAAUGCAGUGUGGUAUCUGAUGGAAACACUCAACUUGACUGUCUCACAGGCAAAAGAACUACUACUUAAGGAGAAGAUAGCGCCUCUAGAGAAACAAUUUAUUGCCAAAAAGAGAGAAUACCUGGCGAGCAAUGAGAAGACAUACAAGUCGAAAGAUAUCGCCUAUUUUCUGGAGAUGGUUGGCCUAGGUCUAUCUGGAAAUUGGUACUGGAGUGCUGUGGCUAAUCGCUUCCACCGCUGGAUGGACGUUCCAAACUUGGCUGGUUUGGUACCUUCAAAUGGGACAGUCGUUCAAUUCGAUGAAAACACGGCAACAUGCGCUACUUUAAUCAAGGGCUCGUCUCUGGGAGGUAUGAUAAAUGGAGUAUCACCCACUAUUAAUAUCCAUGAAACAGCAAAGGACUCAUACCAUAAAAUUCUCCAACAACCCAUCCAAUAUCUCCGGAGUGUUCCCUCAAAAAACGUCAGAGGCACUAUCAUUCAAGCCUUAAACCUAUGGCUCAAAGCACCUGAUCCGGCAGUACGCCAAGUGGAAGCAUUGAUCGGACAUCUCCAUGACUCGUCAUUGCUUCUGGACGAUAUACAAGACAGCUCUGAGCUUCGAAGGGGCCGACCAGCCACGUAUCGUGUGUUUGGGGCGCCGCAGACAAUUAAUGCCGCAACGUUUGCUCUUACAUUGGCGUUCGAAAAAGCUGCUCCAUUAAUGAAAUCAGAUACCGCGAGCGGAUUUUUUGAUGAGGUACGGAAUCUUCACCUGGGACAAGCGAUGGACCUCCACUGGACACGGUGUGGGCAGUGUCCGACGAUUGCAGAAUAUAUGGAAAUGAAUCGGUUGAAAACUGGUGCGCUGUUCUGUCUCGCUAGCCAUCUUUUAUAUAUCAACGGGUCAUUCUCGCCUGAGACCAUCGCCCAGAACGACAUAAACGACCUCAUGAUCCUCCUAGGCCAAUAUUUCCAAGCCCGUGAUGACUACAUAAACCUCGCAUCAGCCCAGUACCAAAAAGAAAAAGGCUUCGCGCAAGACCUCGACGAAGGCAAAUUCUCCCUCCCUCUUAUUCACGUCAUGACACACUCACCGAAUUCGGUAUUACUGCAAAAUAUCCUCUGUGAAAGGGCACGACAUUCCGGGUUAUCAGAUGAUCUGAAAAGACUGAUCUUGGAUGAGAUGCAAGAUCAAGGGAGUCUUACGUUUACUGAAGAGACGUUACGUUCUUUGGAGGGAAAGAUUGAGCAACAGAUGGAAUUGAUUGAGAGGUCUACUGGAGUUGCAAAUUAUAUUUUCCAGUUCUUGUUGGAUCGGUUGAAAGAGAUGUGAUUGCAUUUCUCUGUGUCUUUGGGUGUGGUCGACUGGAAUUUGG